AUGUGGUUCAAAUUUCAAUUUUUGGUGCUAGCCAUUUUGAUUGGCGUGAUUGGUGCACAAUGGGGUGGACACGGUCAUGAUCAUGAUCAUGGACAUGGCUGGGGUGGAAAUCAGCCAGGACCUGGUGGCUGGGGUGGAAAUCAAGGAGGCUGGGGAAAUGGAGGUAAGUGCGCUCUAUUGAAAUCCGCGAUUUUUCAUGUAAAAUUCAAAAAUUUCGAUGAAAAUUAUACAAUUUUGCUCUAAACCACAAAAAAUCGAUAAUUAUUAUUGGAGCGCAUUUGAAAAAUCCACGUGUUUUUUUCAGGAAAUCAAGGAGGCUGGGGAAAUGGCGGAGGUAAGUGCGCUCUAUCGAAAUCCGCGAUUUUUCAUGCAAAAUUCAAAAAUUUCGAAGAAAAUGAUGCAAUUUCGCCCUACUGAACAAUAAUAUUCAAUAAUUUUCAUUAGAGCGCAGUUUCCUGUUCAAAUUUUGAUGAAAAUGAUGCAAUUUCGCUCUACUGAACUAGAAAAUCGAUAAUUAUCAGUGGAGCGCAUUUUCCCAUCUAAAUUUCGAAGAAAAUGAUGCAAUUUCGCUCUACUGAACUAGAAAAUCGAUAAUUAUCAUUGGAGCGCAUUUGAAAAAUCCACGUGUUUUUUCAGGAAAUCAAGGAGGCUGGGGAAAUGGAGGUGGAAAUUUCAAUAAUGGUGGAGGACGUGGCGGAAACGGUAUGCGCCUUUAAAAAUUGUCUAGAUGUCUCUGCGUCUCUAACCAACUCACUCUAUUUUUUUACAGGAGGAGGUUCAGGUGGAAAUUUCAAUAAUGGAGGAGGACGUGGCAACCAAAACGGUAUGUGCCUUUAAAUCUAGUUGUCUGCGUCUCUCACUAUAACAUACUAUUUUUUGCAGACAAUUUCAAUAACGGCGGAGGACGUGGCAAUCAAAACGGUAUGUGCCUUUAAAUCUAGUUGUCUGCGUCUCUAACUAUCAUUUUUUGCAGACAAUUUCAAUGGAGGAGGAGGACGUGGCGGAAACGGAGGUAAAUUUAGCACUAGAGCGCACUUGCGCUUCCUCUGCGUCUCUAACCUUUUCUCGAUUUUCAGGCGGUCCCGGAGGCAAUAACAACAAUGGAGGAGGAGGACGUGGCGGUCAGAACGGUAUGCGCCUUUAAAAAAUGUCUGCGUCUCUAACUAUCCUAUACUAUUUUCAGGGGGAGGUCCAGGUGGAAACAAUAAUAACAACAACAACAAUGGAGGACGUGGUAUGUCCCUUUAAAAUCUCUCUGCGUCUCUAACAUUAUUUUUACAGGUGGAAACAACAAUAAUGGAGGACGUGGCGGUCAGAACGGUAUGCGCCUUUAAAUCUAGCCGUCUGCGUCUCUAACUAUCAUUUUUUUUGCAGGUGGUCAGAAAAAUGACGGAAUUCGAAUCGCUGAAAAUGUUCUUGGUGCACUUUUUGGUGGACCAAGAGGCUAA